AUGGUGGCCCUGAGCGACUUCCAGCGGAUUGGAGUGGGCCUGGUUGGCUUCGGCCUCUUCUUCCUCCUUUUUGGGAUCCUCCUGUACUUCGACUCGGUGCUCCUGGCUUUUGGGAACCUCCUCUUCCUCUCUGGCUUGGUCUUCAUCAUCGGCUUCCGGAGGACCUUCACCUUCUUCUUCCAGCGGCCCAAGCUGAAGGGCACCAGCUUCUUCUUCGGGGGGCUCAUUGUGGUCCUCAUGCGGUGGCCGAUCCUGGGCAUGCUGCUGGAGGCCUACGGCUUCAUCUCCCUCUUCAGGAGCUUCUUCCCAGUGGCUUUCGGGUUUUUGGGCUCGCUGGCAAACAUCCCGCUGCUGAGCCAGCUCCUGCAGAAGAUGGGGGACAGCGGCUCCAUGGUGUGA